GAAACAUCCUUGCACCCGCCCUGCUUAGGGGGCUGAGAACCUGACAUUCUUGUGAAAAGUAUCACAGGUGGUUCAGCAUUUCAUCUCCUCUGGAAUAUCAUGCCUCCCACAGCACAGUCACCUGGCAUCACAGUGGGGUUUUGAUUUAGCACGGACUCAGAGGGACAAGGGCCACCUCCUAAAUCCCCAGCAACAUUUCCUGUAGUGUCUGGAUUUCCCUUGGUGUUUUCUCAAGGAAGUUAUUAUAACCAAAGACAAUGCUACCAUCCUGCAGCAUUCCCCACAGGAAUGCCAAGUCACAGCUUGCAGAAGUGUCCUGCAUCUGGUAACAGCAGCUUCUGGGAAGGUUGCUAGACUUUCCUACUUUCCCAUUUUUCUCAUCUGUUUACACUGGAAUUGGCUGAGCUUCAUUUGUUAAUAUUUGAUAGGGCCUGUCUGCCCUCUGAACUCAAGGCGUUUGCUCUCCAAGGAUACUAAAUAUAAUUUAGCUCUGUAAUAAACCUGUGCAGCAAUCUGCACCUUUGGUAGCUGGAGGGAAAUUGCAGAGAGUGUUUAGUUUGGGCUUCAAGAUCCAGUUCCAUCCAGAACACAAGUAAAUACUGCAAUCAAGAGAUAUGAUUGACACUAGCAUUGGAUGUCCUGCAGGUGGAAACCUACAGCAGCCUCGUAUGCACCCUCUGCAUGACAGUCUCACCUGCAUCCCAGUCCACCUGCAGGAUUAUUAUUACUGUAGGUCCAGGAACCGCAGUCAAGGAUCAGGGCCCCGUUGUACUAGGCACUGUACAGCCAAGUAAUGAGGAAGAUAGUCCUUGCCACAGAGAGCUCAUAAUCUACUGUCAGAUAGGAUAAAACAGGUGGAUGAAAGAGACAAACAGGAUGGGAGGUUGCUAUAACAAAAUAAACAGAGGUCUGGCUACUACAGGCUUCUGCCCUGCACCACUGUAAACCAGCAUCCCCACUACCAUGCACUAUCACCUUGUCUUCUUCUGAACAUGUCUACAGUUGUGAGCCACAUGCAGCUUCUCUGGGCAUCAUGCUUUUGAUGAGAAGAAUGUAGCAAUUUCAUUAAGUCAUAGAUUUUAAGACCAGAAAGUAUUAUUACGACCAUCUAGUCUGACUCCCAGUAUAACACAGGCCAGAGAACCAUACCCAAUAUACUCUGUAUCAAGCACAUAACUAUAGCAUGUCUGUUAGAAAACGAUCCAGUCUUGAUUUAAAGACUUCAAGUGAUGGAGAAUCCACCACAUCCCUAAGGAUGGUGUUCCAGUGGUUAAUUAACCUCUCUGUAAAAAAUACGCACCUUAUUUCUAAUUUGAAUGCAUCUAGCUUCACCUUCCAACCUUUGGAUCACAUUAUGCCUUUUUCUGCUAGAUUAAAGAGCUGUCUGCUAUCAAAAAUCUUUCCCCCCACGUAGAUACUAAUAGCUGUGAUCAAGUCACCUCUCAACCUUCUUUUGGUUAACUUGAUAGAUUGAGCUUCUUAAUGCUUUCACUCUAAGGCAUGUUUUCCAGAUCUCCAGUCAUUCUUUUAGCUCUUUUUGGAAUCCUUUACAAUUUUUCAACAUUCCUUUUGAAAAGUGGACAGCAGAACUGGACACACUAUUCCAGUAGUGGUCUCACUACUGCCCCAUGCAGAGAUAAUACCAGCUCCCUACUCCUACAUGUAUGCCCUAAGGUCAUAUUUGCCCUUUUUGCUACAGCAGUGCACUGGGCGCUCAUGUUAAACAGGUUACCUACCAUGACCCUUCAGUCCUUGUCAGUGUCACUGCAUUCUAGAAUACUGUGUCCCAUCAUUUAAUGUGACCUACAUUCUUUGUUGCUAAUAUGACUUGCAACUGGCUGUAUUAAAAUGCAUAUUAUUCAAAUGAUAGCACCUUACCAAGCGAUCCAGGUUAGCCUGUACAACUGGUCUGUCCCCAUCGUUAUUUACCAAUUUUUGUGUCAUCUGAAAUUUUACCAGUAGUGGUUUUAGCUUUUCUUCCGGAUUAUUGAUAAAACUAUUUAAUAGCAUUAGGGCCAAGAACAGAGCUCUGCAGGCCCCUGCUAGGAACACCCACGUUGGAUGACUAUUCCCUGUUUACGGUUAUUUUGUGAGAUUAUCAUGUAACCAUUUUUUAAUCCAUUUAAUCCUCUGAUGCUGCAAAUGGUGGUGGGAAUGACCAGCCAACCAGUCACUGGUGCAAAAGACAGAUCUAAGUUAGUGCCCUUUACAGCCAAAAUAUAUACUUUCUCCAUCCCCAGCUUCUGGCAAGAAGCUUGCCCCUCACAACAGGGCUUCAGAGACGGUUUCUGCAGGUGGCUGCUCUCAGGACAAUCCAUUGUGAGGGGGAUUACCAGCAGGUGUCUGUAGAUUCAGGUUUCAGAGUGGUAGCCAUGUUAGUCUGGUUGGUGAUGGGAUGUGGUCCAGACUUAGUGGCAAUCCUGAGAGCACUGGGCCCUGCUGUGUACCGCUUACCCUGAGCUCCUGCUCUGGGAUUGAGAGGCCAAAUACUGUAGAUACCCUUUAUUCUUGGAGGGGGCCCUGUCACCCAGCACACCAUUCACCAGUUUAUGCCUUUUGGCCUUGCCCUUGAUGUGACUUUGGCCUUUUGUUAAUGGAGCUACACAAGUGUUGGCUUCACAGUGGAACGGGCACUGGGGCAUGGUGGUAAAGCAAGUGUGCCCAGGUCAUCCAGUGCCUGCCUGGAGCAGCUGCUUUGCUUCAGUCAGCUGCACUUUUGUCCUCUGACACUGGGAGCUUUUGGUGAGUUUUGUCAGUUGCCUUCUCCUGAUUUCUGCCUGUGGUCCCUCAUUGCAGCUGGUGCCCUGGGGGACGGGCUGCUGCCGUUCUGAAAAUGCCAGGCAGGGAAAUGAGCUAAUUUCAAAAUCUUUAGGGAGAUUCUGGGGGCUGCUGAGGUACUCAGAACCUUCUGGGGCCCGACGCCCCCAUGGGAUGAAGCUAGUGGAUGCAAGUUACUCAUCUCCUGCAGGGGAGAAUCAGGACUCUGGGCUGUAGAUAUUCUGAGAUGCAAGUGGAGCCAUUUUAUGGCUCUUUCCCUGCCCUGGGGAUUCAUUUGCCAGACACACACAAUUCCUGGGCCCCUGCUGUUGAUGUGCAACCUGGGACAUAUCCCACCUGGAUUCUGAGCUCACAGCUGCACUGGGAUGAGACUCAGCUUUGUAAUGACUCUUCUCUGUGUGGCUCAGAGAUCAAUGUUCCGGAACUGGGAAUGCCUCCAAUUCGGGGGAAGCUGAGGCCCCUCUCAAUGCUGAUGGACAAUGUUCUUCCAAGAGGCCCCUUUAGCAGCUCCUCAGGGAUUUCUCCAGAGCAGAAUGUGCCUCCAGGCGAGACUCUUUCCACUCCAGUGACCCUACACUCUUUCCUUUGUAAAUCACCCCUCUGGGAUUUGCAGCAUCAUUGAGGACAUGCUAAUUAGUCUGAAUCAAUUUUUGAGAGGCUGUGCUGGCAUCGAGUGUGGGGCUGCUAUGGCUCACAAAAGUCUCAUUGUUAGGAAAACAGUGGGAUUAUCUGAGUAGCUGCUAGAGUUUGGGGGGGGGGGAGAAACAGGCUUUUCUUCUGACGCAUACUUGUAGGGUUUCAUAGGUGCUUUGUGUCACUCAAGGGGCUUAGAAAGGGGAGUUAUCAAAUCCUCCUUGACUGGGUAAAGGCCCAAAGGCGGGAGGCAUUGGAAAACCCCCACAAAUGAUCAUCAAAGCAGCAGGAGUGCCUGGGAGAGGAAGAUCUGGCCCCCUGGAUUCUUCAUAUCUGACAGCGGCUGAGAUCAGUGAUUAACAGAUGUUUUUAUUAUUGCCUUUUCAGAGAUUGGCUUGAGGCAAUGGCCACUUCGGUGGGGACAUUCCCAGCUGCUCUGUUGACUCCAACACCUGCUUUCCAGCUGACAGCAAAUACCACCAGCGAAGGUGAGGAGAAUUGCGUCUUCAAUGAGGAGUUUAAAUUCAUCCUGCUGCCCGUGUCCUAUGGGUUUGUCUGUGUGGUGGGGCUACUGCUCAAUUCCUGGGCCUUGUGGAUGUUCAUCUGUAAGAUGAGGCCCUGGAACGCCACCACCACCUACAUGUUUAAUCUGGCUGUCUCAGACACUCUGUACGUGCUUUCUCUCCCCACCCUGGUCUAUUACUAUGCUGACCGCAACAACUGGCCCUUUGGGGAAGGACUCUGCAAGAUUGUGCGCUUCCUCUUCUAUGCCAACCUAUACUGUAGCAUACUCUUCCUCACCUGCAUCAGCGUGCACCGCUACGUGGGGAUCUGCCACCCCAUUCAAUCGCUCGGGUGGGUGAAGACCAAGCAUGCCCGCCUCAUCUGCGUGGGUGUGUGGUUCAUUGUCACCAUCUGCCUCAUACCCAACCUGAUCUUUGUCACCACCAGCACCAGCGGCAACAACACUCUUUGCCAUGACACCACUAAGCCUGAAGAGUUUGACCACUAUGUGCACUACAGCUCCUCAAUCAUGGCCCUCCUCUUUGGCAUCCCCUUUCUGGUGAUCGUUGUGUGCUACAGUCUGAUGGCUAAGAGGCUUUGGAAACCCAGCCUAUCCAGCUCCAACCAGAGCAUCCCCGUCUACAAGAAACGCUCUAUCAAGAUUAUCAUCAUUGUAAUCACAGUCUUUGCCAUUUGCUUCCUACCCUUCCACAUCACACGGACACUGUACUAUACUGCCAGGCUCUUCCAAGCCAACUGCAGGACCCUCAACAUCGUCAACUUCACCUACAAGAUCACACGGCCUCUGGCCAGCAUCAACAGCUGCAUAGACCCCAUCCUGUACUUCCUGGCUGGGGAUAAGUACAGGGGAAGGCUGCGUCGGGCUGCGCUCAAAAUGCCCAAAUCUGAGAACCCAUCUACUCUAGCCCUUGUCUCACAACUCAAGAAGAAUGGCUUCUCCACCUCCCGAGGUGCCAGCUACUCCAUCAAUGAUGCCUGAGAAAAGGGGGUGAAACUGACAGACAAUGGAUGCAGCAAGGGGUAUUGAAAGGGCUAGAGCCUGGGGAGCCAGUAUGCAUCUAGGCCAGAAUGUGGGACCAGCAUUAGGGAAGCCAGUAGAGUUGCUAGGUUAGCCUCACUCCAGAACAGAGGUCUUCUCCAUCUCCUCCUAAUCUCUGUGAAUUAUUUCCCCACUGUGCUGUGUCUGCUUCUCACACAAACAUUCUGGCACCAGGUUUAACCUCUGAAUGCUUUUGAACUAGGUUUACAUUCCCACUCUCAGAGCAUGCUCCACCCCCUCACACAGACCAAACAUCUAUCUCAGAGCCAGGGAUAUUCCCUGUCUUGUCACAGCAUGGGAGGACUGCCCAGAGUAAUGCCAAUGGGAGUGCAGAGAGAAGAGACCCCUACGUCCCAUAAGGAAAUAGAGGAGGCCAGCGGGAUUGUCUUAUGAAGAGUACGAGAGACUCACAGGUAGCGAAUUCCCUGCUUCAGAUGCAAGUGGACGAGGCAGCCAGGGCAGGCAAGGAAGCACUUUCAGGGCACUGGUUCUAGCAAUGCAGAAGAGAGACUGGGGCUGGCUCUGGCAGGAUGCAGGAGAUGGGGUAGGGAUGCACACAGAGUUAAAGCCUGCGCAGUGGCCAUGGAAUUGUGUGUGUAUUGUAGAUGCUGUUACAUGUCUCUGUCCCUUUGUGUAUGGGAGGGCAUGACUCACCAUAUAACUAACAGAGAAGGCACCACAGCACCUUUGCUCCCAACUCUCCUAGCUCCAGGUGGUUGGAGGGUGGGCAGAGCCCCCAGGGCAAUGAAGCCCAUGAAAGCAACUAAUUGAUCCACGAAUAAAAUGUUUUCCUGAGCAAUUUUCCUAAGGCCCAGGACUGUUUCCCUCCCUAUUGCCACCAGGAAAUCAAUAAACAGGAGAGAACUGGCAUGCAUGAGAAUCUUUUAAAUGCCUCAUUGAAGGUCCAUUUGGCUCAGCCAGGCUGUGACGUGUCCAUUGCUGAAAGCUGAGAAAGGAUGGAAUGCCAGGUGACACGUCUGCCCGGGCUCAGGGGCUUGGCACAUUUCCUUCAGGCUUCAGGAGAGUUCAGAGCCAGUUUCACCCCUCAGGACUCUUGGAAAUGGCCAGCGUGAGUUUUCCACUGCAGUCAGAGUGGGGAAAUAACUGAGGGCACACCUGCUACCUCUUGAUAGGUCUUGUAAAGGGGAAGGGUAGCAGAGGGGAAGGCCCAGGUGGUUUCCCAGGGCCUCCAAAGCAGGUCUUAGAUGAUUUGUGAGGUUGGUAUUGUACCGAAUGGAGACUCCAAGCUCAGCAUGUUUUACACCUACAUUGCUCCUGCUGGGGAAAUUUCCCCAGUCCCUUUAGAUCUGCACUUAGUGGGCUCAAGUAUUCAAAUGAAAGGUUUGAGACUCAAGAAGAAAGGCCUGUGGUAGGAAGGGGGCAUUUUCCCUGCUUUUUGCU